AUGCCAUCCCAUAAAAGCCUCACUUCUCACCUAUCGUUCAUUUCCUCUCGGAAGAAAAUUGUAAACCCUAGCAAAGCUACAGCCGUGCUCCCGAUUCGAACCUCCCCUGAGAGCUCUUCAACACCUUUGUGCCAUAGCCCAGAGGUCUUUCAAGGAACUUUGAUAUUGAAAACUCAGAGAAAAAAAAGGUUCCAUACUCAGGAGUCAGGUGGUGAGGAUUCUGUUCCGAACAGGCUCCGUCCUCUAGUUGACGUGCGAGAUGUUGCUGAGGCUGUAAUAAUGGCGUAUGAAAAACCCGAGGCUGAAGGUAGAUACAUAUGUGUAGCGCAUGCUAUCAAGACCCGAGAUUUGGCGGAAAAGCUUCGUAGACUAUAUCCUGACUUCACUUAACCGAAGAAGUAAGCUCUUUCAUCUAUUUAUUUAUUUUUUUCCUUUGCUUGAUAAUACAAACUAAUUUAUCUAGCCUACAGGUGUUCUAUGUUGAUGUCCUUGGUAGUGAAUUCGCAAUUUUUUGGCUAAGAAUUCUGUGUUCUGAGAGCCUGGGCUGCUUAAGUAGUUAUGGCUUGUGAUGAAACUCGGAAAAUUCGUUUGCUGUUAUUGUUGAUACUUUGGACCGUACAGGAAAGCUGUUGUCCUUCAUUUCCAUUGAUAAUGAAAUUGUUCCCAGAUGUACUUAUAUUUGGCAAUUUGACUACAAUUUCUGUUUCUUUGUC